CUAUUAUUCUUCUUCUUCUCAUUUGUCUCUUUACUCCAACUAGAAAACAUGGUGAAAAGUGGAGUUUUGAUGCUUGUGUUUGCAGUUGGAUUUUGUAGCUUGUUCUUGAAUGCCAAUGCCCUCACAGCUUCUAGAUGGUAUAAGGCUUUUGCAACCUUCUAUGGAGGCAGUGAUGCUUCUGGAACAAUGGGUGGUGCUUGUGGAUAUGGGAAUUUGUACACAACUGGAUAUGGUACUAGAACUGCAGCAUUGAGCACAGCAUUGUUCAAUAAUGGGGGAUCAUGUGGGCAGUGUUUCAAGAUUAUUUGUGACUACCUAACCAACCCUCAAUUUUGCAAGAAGGGCUACUCGGUGACCGUCACCGCCACCAACUUCUGCCCUCCGAACGACGCCCUCCCCAGCAACAACGGGGGGUGGUGCAACCCUCCCCGCCAGCAUUUCGACAUGGCUCAGCCCGCUUGGGAGAAGAUCGGCAUCUAUAGAGGCGGAAUCAUCCCCGUCAUCUACCAAAGGGUGCCUUGCAAGAAGCACGGGGGAGUGCGGUUCACGAUCAACGGGAGGGACUACUUCGAGCUAGUGACGAUCACCAACGUGGGCAACGCAGGUUCGAUCCAAUCGGUUCAAGUGAAGGGGUCCAAGACAAAUUGGAUGAGCAUGUCAAGAAAUUGGGGUGCAAAUUGGCAAUCGGCAGCAUAUCUAAAUGGCCAAUCUCUAUCAUUCAUGGUCACAACAACUGAUGGCAUAACAAAGCAAUUCCUCAACAUAGUCCCAUCUAACUGGGCUUUCGGCCAGACAUAUUCAAGCCCGACCCAGUUUUGAGGCCCAAUGGGCCCUCCUAUUCUGGCUGGUUUCGGGCUUUCAGUGCUCAUAGGCAGCGGCGUGCUUUUCUAUUUUAUACUGAAAGCAGCCCGCCGGAAUAUACUUGCAAUUCUUGGAUCACAAUAAGAGGAUUUUUUUUCACACUGUAAUUUUACAAAAUCAUCUUCUUUUUUCAAUUUUAUAAUUUC